AUGCAGCGCCGGCUCCUGAGGGUCCUGGCCGGAGCCCUCCUCACUCUCCUGUGCAUGGGACUCCUGGCCCUGCAGCAUCGCUCCAGCCUGUCCCCCCAUGGGGUGUGGGUGACCCUCGAGGCCAGCCCGCCGAGCCCCGAGUCCCCUGAGCUGCAGAUGCAGGACAUCUUCAUCGCUGUCAAGACCACCCGGGCUUUCCACCACACGCGCCUGGAGCUGCUGCUGGACACAUGGGUCUCCAGGAGCCGGGAGCAGACCUAUGUCUUCACUGACAGCCCGGAUGAAGGCCUCCAGGAGAGACUGGGACCCCAUCUAGUGGUCACCAGCUGCCCUGCAGAGCACAGUCACCCAGCCCUGUCCUGCAAGAUGGCCGCUGAGUUAGAUGCUUUCCUGGCCAGUGGGCUAAGGUGGUUCUGCCACGUGGACGAUGACAAUUACGUGAAUCCACCAGCGCUGCUGCGGCUGCUGGCCAGCUUCGCCCCGGCCCACAACGUCUACGUGGGCAAGCCCAGCCUGAACCGGCCGAUCCACGCCUCAGAACCUCUGCCCCGUAACCGCACGAGAUUGGUACAGUUCUGGUUCGCUACUGGGGGCGCUGGCUUCUGCAUCAACCGCAGAUUGGUUUUGAAGAUGGCUCCUUGGGCCAGCGGCUCCCGCUUCGUGGACACGUCUGCCCUCAUCCAGCUGCCUGAUGACUGCACGGUGGGCUACAUCAUCGAGUGCAAGCUGGGUGGUCGCUUGCAGCCCAGCCCCCUCUUCCACUCCCACUUGGAGACCCUGCAGCUCCUGGGGACCACUCAGCUUCGGGAGCAGGUCACCCUCAGCUAUGGUGUCUUUGAAGGGAAACUCAACGUCAUUAAGCUGCAGGGCCCUUUCCCUCCCGAGGAGGACCCAUCCAGGUUUCGCUCCCUCCACUGCCUCCUCUUCCCAGACACGCCGUGGUGUCCACAGCUGGUGGCCCAAUGA